UUAGUGUGUGACUAACUCUCGAAGUCGGGACUGAAUUCUGUUAUCUUCAACAAAUAUAAUUAAGCUUAGAAGACUGAACAAAAUAUUAAGACCAACACUGCACAUAAUAUUAGGAAUAGAUGAUGUUGGUGAACAAUGUAACAUUGGAGUUCCACUUUCCCACGAUUCCAACGGAUACGUCAGCAAAUGUUAUCUGAUAUAACUUCUAUAUAAAUGAAAAAGGCAAUAUCGCCAAGUUGAGUAGCUAACGAUCUAGGGAUAUAAAAUUUCCAAAUAUCACGCUUUCUCAGAUAGAAUUAUUAUUAAAAAUAGUUUUUGGAAGUUCAGAAUUACAUAUCAAAAUACUAUAUAUAUAGCAAGAUUGCAAAAGAAUUCACAAUGGAAGUAAUAGAUAUCUCAAAUCUAAUACAAACAAAUCUGUGGAAUCAUGGAUAUUCCUUGGAGCAAAUAGAGAAUAUCAUUGAGAAAGAACAUAAUGUCCAGCUGAAUACUGUCGAUCGUGCUUACAUAGAGGAUAAAUAUGUUAAGUACUGUUUGGAAUACUGGGUGAAGGAGAUAAAUAAUUUUAUAUAUAAAUAUUCAGCUGACAGUCACUUAAUAGAGAAAAUUAUUACUUUCAACAACAUCAGACAUUUUGUUGAAAUCCCGUCUCCGUUUAAUAAGUUUAGAUCUUACAAGCUUUUGAUGAAAUAUAACAAUCUUAUUGAACAACACAAAGAAGAAACGUUGAUGAGACGUCUUAAAGAGAAAUGCCUGGAGCUGUCAAUGGAAUACAGUGACACCGUAAUGAAGGAAAUUGACUUUUUCAAGGCAUUGCUUGAAUUUUUAACUAUAUUUGAAAAAUUCGAAGAAUAUCCGGACAUAAUGAAGUUACAACACUUGUAUGAACCUAACAUACCAAGCGAUAAAUUCUUUCAAUUAAUUAUGGACCUUGAUAUCGCCGAUUAUGACAUAAAACUUAAGCAAUUGCAAAACAUGGCGCAGUCAUUAAUGGGACAAAAACAUAUUGCUUUUAUGGAUAAAUAUCAAGAAAUUAUCGGAGCAUACUUUAAACCGGUAACACUAGAAAAAUUGACGACUGAUAAUCAAGUCGUUAUUGAAGUAAUAGGUGGAAAUUUUUACCUAAGUGAUAUCAUCAAUGAUAUCAAUUCCAUGUUGUUACAUGACUCUUGCAUAGAAGAAGUUCGUUUCAUAUGCUCUGGCAUCAUGUAUGUCAAUGAAAAUUUGGAGAACAGUACAUGGCAUGGAAAAAACAUUGUGGUGUAUGCUAAAGCGAUUGUAAUUUGUCACAAGUGUAAAUGGGAUAUUUCUGGAAUGUCCUCAGACGCAACAACAAUUAUCAAAGCGAAAACCGACGACGACGGUGUAGGUAUAGACGGAGAGCAUGGAAAAUGUGGAGAAAGCGGCGGAAAUGUUUUCAUUCAUGCAGAUAACGUGUUGCAUCCGGAGAUGCUGGAGAUUUGGACCAAUGGUGGAAAUGGUAGCGAUGGUCAAAGCGGCGGAGACGGUAAGAACGGAAGAGACGGGACAGGAAUUUCUUAUGUAGAUUUCAUUAGUAAAUUCCCAAGUAGUGGGAAACUUGUUGGUAAAUUUCUGGUUAGGAACUUGAGAACCAUAGUUCGUAAUAUUUGUUCCUUAGGACAAAUAAGGGUAUCGUGGCUAAAUGGUAAGAAUCGUUCAGUAGAAGAUAUAAUAAAAUGCAAAAAAAGAUGCAAUGUAUACCUAGAGGCUGUAACAGAAGACGGUGAAGAAAUUUACUUUUCUUCUUCGUUCGGCGGCCAAACUUUCGUAUUGUAUAAAGGCACUUCAGGGUGUCCCGGAGGACGUGGCGGUGCGGCUGGUUUAGGUGGACAAGGAGGAUACCUCGGUGAAGUGAUUAGUAACGACAGUGGUAUUGUCGUAGUUUCCAAUUCGGGCGAAAAUGGCGAGAAUGGCAAAGAAGGUAAAUGCGGCACCCACGGCAAAAAUGGCUGGGACAUGUCUUUUAUCGAUUGCGCACACUGGAUGAAAGGAAAAUAUUAUGGUACUAAUAAGAAUAACAAACUCGAGUUGAGUUAUUAUGACAGCAAUGCUUCGAAUCGGAUAUACGUUCCUUAUCGUGCCACGAAUUCUAACAAUAAGUAUGUACAAAUAUCAGAGAUCAGCAUCCCGGAACCUGCAAGUACAACACUCACAGAGAAAGAUACUUCAAAUCGCCCGGAGCUCCAGACUCAAACCAAGAGAAGGAAGAAUAUUUCGCAGAAACAUAUCUUCAUGCAAUAUUCUCAACAUCUGGUCGGGACAAAUAUGGAUUUGUAUUAUGACAUCCAGACGUACAUGCAAUAUGCUAUGGGACACACUUCCGGAAAAAUGAUGGAGGACAGGAAGGGACAGAUGAAAGUAUCGGAGGUAAUUGUUAUGCUUGCAAAACCAUCUGCGCAAAAAAAUACAAGAGUACUCAACACAAUUUCUCCUAUCUGUCCCAUUGAGACUCAACAAACACGUGAGAAGUCUCUGGAAAAUUUUCUAAAAGGUUUGCGACAAGCUUCAUUAAAUAAGUGGUUUGAAUUAAAAAAUGAGCAACUCGAUUAUUCUCAUUUUAUUUAUUUAUUUGAGUGCUUGAAAGAGAAACACGCACAAAAUAAAAAAGGAAACACGAAAGACGGCACAUCCGAUAUUCAAAUACAAUUGCAGUUAAAAAAUAUUAAACAAUUCUUAAUUGAAAAGCAUCGUUUAACUGUUCUACAACAAAUCGCAUUACGAAUAGCCGAAUGCCAGUGCAUUGCUAAUAACAAAUUUGAAUUAACACCAAAGAACGCGAUAAAGUAUUUGCAAAAAGUCAAACGUAAUCCGCAUGUUAAUCUAGGUCUGCAUAAAAAGUUGCGCAAUUUGCAGCAGUAUUUCUUCAACGAUAACGAGACGCAACGCAAGAUGAUCUCAAAAUUUUGUACAGCAGAAAAUGUGAGCAAGUAUCACGAGGCUUUCAAGUUCUCCAUUGCAUCCUUUGUGAUGGACGAGGGUGAAAAAGGAGAAGCCCACCCAAAUGUGAAAAAGUAUUACACAGAAUACAGCAAGUUCGUCGGUAAGCAAGAGAUGAAAUUGAAGAAAUUUCACAAAGAAUCGAAGCUCGACGCAGGCUCUUGUAACGAAGUGGUAGGUCAAUUCUUCCGAAGUUUAAAUAACGCAAUUGUGGAAAACAAGUUGGGGGAAAAUAUGAAGAAGGACAAAAAAUUGAAGGAGCUUUACCUACGAUUUAGUCAGAUGUUCAAUGAACGUUUUAGCUGGGAGGAAUGUAUGAAGGACCUGAAAAUACGCAAAGAAUACGUGCGACAUGUACAACUAUAUGGUCCGUUGUCACCGAGUUACCGAGAAUUGUUAGCGUAUAUAUUUAAUGUUAACAUCUGCAUGUACAUCACGGAUCGAAAUAAUCAAAUCUGUUUGUUGGACGUACACAAUCCACAAUCUACAGACGUUAUAUACCUCUUGUACACAAACAAAAACUACACACUACUGAAUAUCAAUGAGAACUUCCUCCGACUGGACAUGGAACGUAAUGUCAGAGCUAAUCUGUGCGCGAAAAUCAUCGCGGAAGUGGAGUCGAUGAAUGAUCAUACAAAUAUCAACGAGUACAUGAAAAAGGGGUUGUUUCUUCCUGGAAGCAAAGAGGAUAACAACAUUAUCUCCAGUAUCGAAACAGAAAUCGACGAGAAGGCGGAUAUGAACGACAUAAUAGAACACUUUUCCUCUUCAGAGGAGAGACAGAAGCUACAAUUCAUGCUGGAUAAGAUAUCAUCCAAGUACAUUGGACAACGUGAGAUCAUUCACGCAAUAGCUAAGGUUUUCUCAUGCAACGGUAGACACAUUACCUACAACGAACUCUGUUGCCUAGUGAACGCAGUACUAAAUUUCGUAAUCGAAGAUCGUCCUGGCUUAAGUAUAUUUAGCUGGAUAAUCGCGGCAUAUCCACAGCAAGAAUGGUUAAACGAAAUUAUAUUGUUAAAACUCGAAAAUCACUUUCAAACUUUAUUGGAUGAUAUACACGAAUGGAGACAAUAUUUGUCGAAUAUUCAUGAGAAGGAAACUCUGUUACUAUUGAGUUUCAAAUUAGAACAAAGAAAAUGGAAUAAGGCCUUCUCGACGAAAUGUAUAAGAAACAUUUUGUACUUGCUGAGUAAUAUUUCAGAACGCGUGCCCGGUCUCCAUGUGCUGGAAAUAUCCGAGUGGCCGUACGCGAUCAAGGAGAAAUACUGGACGACCAAACUGUCCGUGUUAACUGAAUGGAAGGACGAAGAAUUGCAGAGGGCCUCGUACUACUUGUUAUCUUUGGAAAACAGCGCCGGCACUUCUCUCGUAGAUGCAUUCAUAGAGCUUCUUAUAAAAAAUGGUGUCGCGUUACAAUCGAAUAAGAACACAAAUGUAACGAGCGAGUCGUCCUAUUUUCAAAAGAAAAUCAGCUCGAUGAAUACUCAUGAUUUUCUCCAGAUUCUAUCGAGUUUUCACAACGGAGAGUGGAAUUUAUCCAAGGAAGUUCUCAUCACAUUCAACGACUGUGAGAUCGAUAAAUGGACAAUUUUGAUGAAAGAAAUGUUCCCCACCAACGGGGAAGAUCGCAACGCGAAGAAGUUGAUUGAUUUGAUCAGAGACAACGGCAACACUUCCGAACAUAUUCUGAACGAUUUAAAUGCAAUCAGAGAUAUUAUUCAAGCUAUGAAGCAAGUGACGACGACGAACGAGGAGGCGAUCAAAGAGGAGAUCGCCAAACACAAAUCGAACAUACAGCUUUCCGAGAAGAAUAGUGAUAAACUGCAGUACGUAUACAAUAACAUGGCUGAUUUGCUCAGUCUGAUAGACAACGCUAUAAAUAUGAAGAAGAAUUUCAGGCUUCGCGACACGCAGAAACUAGCCGUACUGGCGUUAUUCAGGAAUAAAUACAACACACUGAUGCAGAUAUUCACGGGGGAGGGCAAAUCGUUGGUCGUCGUGGCAUUGUCGAUCUUGAAGGCGUUCUGCGGUCAAAAAGUCGACAUCAUCACCAGCUCGUCGGUAUUGGCAAAACGAGACAGCAAAAUUAAUAGUGAUAUUUACGAUCUUUUCUCCGUUAGUGUGUCGCAUAAUUGCGACAAUAACGUCGAAAAACGGAAAGAGGUGUACUCCUGUAAGCACAUCGUUUACGGAGAGCUGUCUGAUUUCCAGCGCGACUACCUACUGGAUCGAUUCUACGGUAGAAAUAUUUUAGGCGACCGUAGCUUCGAGAACGUCAUCAUAGACGAAGUGGAUAGUAUGCUGCUCGACAAGGGUAACAAUAUACUGUACUUAUCCCACGACUUACCGUAUCUGGACAAGCUCGAGUCCGUUUACGUGUACAUCUGGCAAUUGAUUAAUAAGCCUUUCGCGGGCCAAAAGCAAUUCCCGCAGACCGUUGACAAUAAGGCGAUUAGGCAAGCGGUCUUAUGUAAUAUGUACGGCUCGUUGUCGAAGGAAGACAUUAGGAAGAUUGACGAGCAUAUAAGCGACCAACAAAUAAAUACUAUAUGGGAACGUUUGAUCAAAUAUAAUAUAAUCGAUAACGACGGUUACCUACUAAAGGACAAAGUGAGCGAAAGAGAUAUUGUGGAGGUAUUGUCACCCGACUUCAAGCGUUACGAAUGGUAUCUCCUCUAUCUAUUCAAGCAGAUUUCCAAGCGCGAAAGAUCCAUUGUUAUUCCCAAUUAUUUGAAACCAUUUAUAGCUUUGCACUUGAACGCCUGGAUCAACAGCGCUAAGACAGCGUUAUUAAUGCAGGAACGACAAGACUAUAUAGUUGAUAUUGAUAGAAAAGCCAGCAGGCCAGAUCUCAAGGCCAACAUUAUUAUCAUUGACCGUGACACGGGUACAGAACAAACGAACUCUCAAUGGGAUGAAGCGUUGCACCAGUUCUUGCAACUGAAGCAUGGCUGCAGGCUGUCGAUGCAGAGUUUGAAAGCCGUAUUCGUGUCAAACGUGCGUUAUCUGAAGCUUUACAGUAAGCUGUAUGGCUUGACCGGCACAUUGGGCUCACAGCGGGAGCGAGAUUUACUUCAAAAUAUCUAUCAAGUGGACUUCGUCACUGUGCCGACUACGAAGAUGAGGAAGUUCGAAGAGUAUUAUCCGAUCGUCUGUCCCAACCUACAGGAAUGGCAAUUGCUGAUUUACUCGGAAGCCAUUACUUACACGAAAGCAGGCCGAUCAGUGCUGAUAAUUUGUGAGACUGUACAGCACGUAGAGUCUCUAUAUAACGUGUUACACGCCAAGAAUAUGACAAACUUACAUACAUACACGCGCGACUAUGAAUCCUUCGACAUAGCCGCAGAGUAUUUGCGUGAAGGUCAAGUUAUCAUCGCAACCAAUUUGGCCGGUCGCGGAACCGACAUCAAGAUCACCGAGCAGUUGGACAAGGCGGGCGGUCUGCACGUUUGUCUCACGUAUCUACCGAACAAUAAUCGGGUAGAGCAACAGGCCUUCGGCCGUGCAGCUCGGUAUGGCAACAAUGGUUCCGGUAGAUUGAUUAUCAUGGGCUUGCGGUAUACGCAAAGUAUCUUGCAGACGUCGCACCUGAAAAAAGAGCGGGACUUUGAGGAGAUCCGUCGCAUCUCCAACAUCAAGCUACACUAUGAGACGCAGAUAAGCGUAGAGGAGGAUGCUUUUCACCAAUUCAAGGAAGUCUACCAGCAGCUGGAAAAGAACCUGAAGGACGAGGUAUGUGAUGAAGUGAAAGAAAUACUGUUGCGCAGCUGCCUGGACGAGUGGGUUUUCUGGUUGGAUGAGAACAACAAAUAUAUAAACGACACGUUAGGCGAACUGGACAUGGAUAUAUAUAAAGCGUCCCUCAGCAAACUGAUCGAUCGCUUGCAGGCACUGAAGUCGGAAGAGAGCAAAGACUGGAUACAGUGGACUCGCGAACCCACCCAAAUCAUCAGGCUUGCCAAAUAUUUCGCACGAAACAAGCAGCAGAACAAGGCAAUCGAACUAUUUGAUCGUGUUAUCAAAGAAGAGCCUAAUUUCUCGGAAAGCGCGCAUUAUUACAAAGCUUUCUCGUUGAUCAAGAAGAUCGACAAGAAGGACAGGCGCGCUGUGAAGGAACUCAAAAAAGAAUUGCGCGAGGCGGCGAAACUCUUGAAGAAGCAUCGUGAUUACGCGCUGCUGGCUGGAAAUAUCAUCAGCACGCUGAAGCGGCGGGAUCUCGGUAUUAUGCAGAUCGACGCGUUCAAGGAGCAACAUAACAAUAUCAGUACCAUAUAUCAGAUCUUCUUGCAGUCUAUUGAUGAUAUGUUGGGUCAUAACGUAACGUCACAGAAUCUCGAGAAACACGAUAUCACCGAGGAGUUAGCCGAGACUUUGUACCUCGACUUGAUCGAAAACGACAUUUUAAGGAGACCGAGAGUAUCGAAGAAUAUUGAUGAAAGCAUCGUGAAAGAGAUCUGCGAGAAUCAUGGAGUAAUUCCGAAAGAAUUGAACGACUUUCUUAUGAAAAAACGCGGCUUAUCUAUAGAAUUACAACAAUUCGAGAAGGAUAUGAGGAAAUUGGUGAGAAUACCCAACAAGAAGGAAUUCUGGAAGUUGUUAGUGAAGGAGAAGAUUUUGAAGGAUGAAGUUAAAUACGUGACGAUUCGUAUAUGGAAACUACAGAACAUUGAUCCGUCUUUCUUUAAAUCGCUAGACAAUAUGAUCGAGCAGAAGAAACUGCAGAGACAUAUUUUAAAAUGCAAUAAAGAACAGCUGCUUCUCCACACAAGCGACGACACCGAACAGCACAAUCAGCACAAGGACGGAGAUAUCACGUUGGAGAAGAUACUGUUCAAGAAAUUCAUCAGUGAUGAGAAAUAUAAGAUACUGAAAAGCAGAAACAUUUUCACUUAUAACAAGAAGGCAAUCUACAAUGCGAGGAAAGUAGAGAACGUGAUCUUUCCGUGCUUCGACUCGAUCACCGUAAAGGAUUUGACCGAACGAGAUAUCUCGGAGGAAGAUGCAAAACGGAUUUUAACAGAUCUGGUCAAGCAAAAGGUUCUAUCAGAUAGAGAGGAGGACCUUUACCGAUUAAUCGUCCCAUACGACCAGAUCGCGAAUCUUCAACUACCUUCCUGCGCUAUCUAUAUAAACUUCGUGAUACAACUGUUGAACAUCUGCUUCAUGUACAGAAUAGCGUUACAGAAAUUGGUAAAAGAUUUUCAGGACGAAGCGGUAACCGUUAACCUGCAGUUAAUGACCAAACCGCAUCAAUCGUUGAUCUGUUCGUUGAUAGAUAAGAAGAUCGUUAAACUCGCCAAGGUAUCCAUCAAUAAUGAUAGUCUGGAGUGCAAAUUGCGGAAUAUGUACAAGCGUAUAAUACGUGGGAAGGAUGUUUUAAUGCAAGUACUCUAUAAAAACAAUUUGGUACCGCAGACGAAUAAGGAUGCAGAAUUAUUUAAUCACAUCAUUCACAGAAAAUGGAUCGACGUGAUGGAGUCGUUGGAGGAAAAUGUAAUUAAAAGUUUCAAACGCCAAAAUCCUAUGGAAAAUACGAGCCAAUCGUUGAACACAUCGGCAGAAAUGGCCACAGCAGUGUGGCACCCCAAAGUGUCGUUAAUUUUAAUAUACACUUAUUAUAGUUUAACAAAAAAAGAGCGAGAGAACAUCUUAGUGUUCGUCGAUGGUGAAACUUUGAGGUGUACACGCGAAUCGACGAAUUACGAAGGAUCAACAGAAACUAUCAAGAUCAUUAUAGACGCUCACAAUCAUCUCGGCAAGAAGGCUACGAUAACGAAUGUCGUCCAAACCUUAGAAGUUUUGGAAAACACGUUCAAGACCUUGGACGUGCCGGACUGCAGCAUGAUGUCGCUGUUGAAACAUAUCGAAACAAACGGAACUUUCAGUAGUGGCGAUUAUCCGAGCGAAGAGCUACAGAUCUUUACGAUGAACGGUCUUGGUGAUCUUCUGGUACUUCAGGAGCAACGAUGGAGCAGGAUGAUGAUAUUCGGGGCCGCUGCGGUCGUCGUAUUCGGCAUAAUGCAGAUCAUACUUGCUACCAUAAUACAAAUCUUUUGGGCCAGCACUAUGACGUAUAUAGCCAGCGCCUUGAUAUCCCAGGGUGUGAGCGAUAUUUUCUUCGCAAUCUCAGCUUUUAGGGACGGCUAUUUCAGCUGGAAAAGUUAUAUGAAACAUAAAAUUAUGAGUCUGGCAACCACUGGUUUGAAGUUCAGCCUCAAAGCGAUGCUCUCCUCCGCAAGCAGAAUGUCGUCCUACGUAAACAGUAUAGUCGAACCCAACGUCUCGUCAGCUGGUAGAGCGGUCACCAAGAUGUCGGGUAAGGUGUUCAACGAACUGGCGCACAAAGGGACCGAUUUGCUAGAGCAGGAAUUCACGAAGCGUGUCACGAUAAGUACUGUGCAAGGUGUCACGUUUAGUCUGACAAGCGCGAAUGUUGGUUGGAACGUAUACAAGUACAUGCAGGACUUGUGCCGGGACAUCGGUUCCUUCAUGAUAGAGGAGAUCGAUAAAGCCAUAGAGGAGCAUAUGAUAUUCGAUACUUUGAAAACAGCGUAUCAAACGUUAGGCCGUCAGAACGCGACAGCGAUGAUAAAAGACCUGACCAACGAUUAUUUUGCGAGCAAUACAACUUCUGAAUUGUCGCGUAUAUGUAGCAGCGUGGAGUACACCCUGAGAAACAUCGUCGAGAAAUUCGGGUCUUUUCGUGCACCGCUCGACAGCUCGUUUAAUAUGAACAGACUGAUGGAACUAACAGGUCCAGCGAGCAGGAUCUUGAAGGAGAGGAAUGUUUUCUACGAUCUGAGGAACGUGACGGACAAUAUGCUGAACGAGUUGAACGAGCGUGUGCAAACGAAGAUUAACGAGUUGAGUGAGAUGAACACGAGUACCCGCCAACAGCAACAAAACUCGGCGGUUGACGAUAUAACCACGGAUAUGAACAGAUUCGGGUACGAUGUCAUAACAAAGUGGAACACGACAUUGCGUGCACGAGCCGGCCAGGUGAUCGACAAAGAGAUCGUCAGCCCUGUCAUGCAUAUUGUCGUGUCAUGCAUACUAAGCUAUACUAGCAACCCGAUGCAAUCGAUGAAUAUCGAUUAUAAGAAGGGCCAGUUCUAUUACAGGUUCCAACACUACAAGCGGGAAUACGAGGAGGAGAAGAUGAAAAGAGGAGAAGGAGAAGCGGAGAAGAUUAUAGUCAUGUCCGAAGAAGAAUAUCACAGAAAUCUACAAAACUUGCUGAUGAAGAACCGCAAUCCCAAGCUGUUCGCGGACAUGGUGCGCGAGAACGUGCCAAUCGACACGACCUGCGUGGCCGCAUGUCGCUGGGUUCUCCAUCGUAUGCUGGAAAAUCACGGGUUCAAUGUCGAAGGACUGAUCCUCGUCAGUCCAAUGGAUGAGGCACACGGCCUGUCGGAGUAUAUCUCGAUCCUGUUGGACGGUAAACAAGGCACAGUGGUUAAGAUCUUGUCGCAGAACGGUUACUUCCAGGUUAGUGGGCCCGACAGAUUGUACAGUGACUCGAUAAACUUGUCCAAAAAUAGCCUGUAUGAAACGCUCUGCCCGUACAUACCUGGCUUAGAUAGCAUGUCGGCAGAGACGUUCAGGGAGGAAUUAGCGAAUGUAAUCGAAAUUAGCCCCGGUAUACGAGACCGCUUGUUGUACGGAUGGCAUCAAUUUAAGAUAGAGGUCGAACUGAUCGAUGGUAAAAAAUUCAGAAGCCAAAGUGUUUCAAGUGAGAAAUCCAUAGAGGAAGACGAAGAAGACGCGAAAGAUUGGGCACAGAACAAUAACUAUGAUAUGGAUCUCACUGUAAAUAAAGUAUUGAGUAACAAGGAGUUACAGGAACAACGUACGAGAGCUCUGAAUGAAGCGUUUAAAAAAUGCUGUGACUUUGUCGGAAAAUACAAGGACGCGAAAGGAAGGUCCAUUAAUCUCAGACUAGAGAAUUUUAAACCUACUCUAUACGACACGAUAUAUAUUGAUGCCCCGUACGAGGCUAAGAUAGGUUUCUUCCCAGUCCAAAUGAAAGCUGAGUUGAAAGUGCUCGUAUCCGAAAAGGACAACAAACAAACGGAAACAAUCAAAUUGGAGAUUAAUAUCGACAAUCCUUGCAUUAGCGAAAUUAAGCAUGGACCGAAGGUUCCUCAUGUCGGCUAUAGCGUAACUGGAUGCGACAAUUUACCCUUGAACGUAUGCGGACACAUAUUGAUAAAUAAAGAGGGCAACGACUUCCUUCCACAUCGAAAUAGUAGUAAUAUUGAUGUGACAAAUCUACUUGCUGGAGAAACGAUCCCCGACGAUCAGCAAGUUUCUAUCUUGAAGAUAUUCGCAGGAUCGUCAGACUACGAGAAGUUUCUCACGCGGUACGAUACACAGAAUUUUGAUCGUUCGAGAAUGAGAGGUAAAAAAUUCGUCACAACAUUUUACUAAGCGUCUUGAUUUAUUUAUUCACAAAGGAAAUAACUAUUUGAAUUAGAAAUCAAUUCUAAAUGAAGCGAAGGGAUAUCAUGUUAAGGCACUUCCAAGUCAGAGCAGAAAAUAAUGAUAAUGUCGAAACGACGUCUAAUGAUGAAUGAUGAAGAAAACUCAUUUUUUCAUCAUGAUUCAAUCACAUUUUCUCCUCAUUUUGAUGUCAUAAUUUUCUGUUUUACUUGAGUUGUUUUUUAUUGACGUUUCUGGCCUUGAUAUAUGAUAUUUAAUUAUAUCUUAAUCUUUUAAUGUGAUUAUAUCUUGAUACAAUAAUGCGAUUCAUUUUAAUAUUCUCUUCGAGAUUAUCAAUAAUCUUAAUCGAUAUAUACUACUGUGUUCAAAAAAUAAGGUGAAUUUGUUCA